AGCUCCUCUGCAUGUAAUGCAUGUAAUCAUGCAUAACUUCUAGUGAAGUGAACAGAGAGAAUGGCUACUGUAACUCUAUUCCUCUGCUGUCUGCUGGGAAGUAUUUCUCUUGUGUAUGGACAAACUUUGUUUCGACUGGCAGCACCCAAUGAGCCCGAUGGUACUGACCACACUGGAGAGAUCAUCUCAUUCUCUGAUGUUGGAUAUGGAACUGUUGACUUGCCACAAGCGUUGUAUUGCUACACCGACAAACCUAGUGGUGUGAAGUGGCUGUUCCCUAAUGGUGGUGAUGUGCCCUUUGUUAUGGGUGGGGGUAGGGAUGCAGUUGGGGACGAAAUGUUCAUUAGUGGUGUUCCUAGUUCAAUCGCCACUGUUUUGCAAUGUGGUCCCACACACUUCAGUCCUGAUGGAGAACACUGCUGUGUGAGGAAUGACUUUACACAUAGGAUAUGUGUCACCUUCACUCCCUGCCCCACACUGAGUCCACUGUCUAAUGGAAUGAUCUCAUACAAUGCAGACACCAACAUGGCCACCUACACCUGUAACACUGGGUACACCAUCAAUGGAGCUACUCCGAUAACUUGUAUGAGUGAUGGUACUAGUGCUGGUACCUGGUCUGCAACACCACCCACUUGUACAAUCGUCACCUGCCCUGUCCUAACCUCCCCUACCAAUGGAGCCUUGUCCACCACUAGUCGGGACUACCUCACUGUUAUUACAUACAGCUGUGAUACCGGCUACGUCCUCACUGGUAAUAGUGAUAGUGCUGUUAGACAAUGUUUUGUUACUGGUGUAUGGUCAGGAGUGGCACCAACUUGUCCACCUGUUGACUGUGGUUCCCUGGACGCCCCCUCCAAUGGAGCAGUGGACACAUCCUCUGGAACCACCUUCAUGAUGACUGCUACCUACACCUGUAACACUGGAUACAACAUUGUUGGUAGUGAGAGCAGAACUUGUGGAGCAAGUAUAACAAGUGGACCAACUGGAGUUUGGAGUCCAGCUGCACCAGUUUGUGAACUUAUCAACUGUGGUUCCCUGGAUGCCCCCUCCAAUGGAGCAGUGGACACAUCCUCUGGAACCACUUACCUCCAAAGAGCUACCUACACCUGUAACCCUGGAUACACUCUGACUGGUGGAGAUAUGACCAGAACUUGUCAAGUUAAUGGAAUGUGGAGCUCUAGUGCCUGUGAAUUCAUUGUCCUGUCCAUUGGAGGCACUGUCUUCACUAACAACACAGCUCUGUCCUUCUCCCUCAUUGGAGAGAGCUCUUCUGCCCUCACCUGUCACACUGAGCUAUCCACCUGCUGCAGGGAACAAGACAACCUCAAUGGAGGGGCUCUAGGAGGGUGGAGAGGACCAGAUGGGAACAGUAUUCCUGAAGCAAGUGAUACCUGUCCUUCAGAGGGAUUCUACAUAAUCAGAGGCAUUAGUACUAUUAGCCUGAAUCGCUGUAGCAAUGAAUCGUUGGUAGGAGGCGUCUACUGCUGCACUAUUCCCAAAGCUAGUGGCAUUAUCCAAACGUUCUGUGUGAACGUGCUGUUUUCUACAACUGAGCCAGCAAUAGAACCAUUCACUGAGCCAGCAACUGAGCCAGCAACUGAUAAGCCAUCCACUGAGCCAUCCACUGAGCCAUCCUGUUCCACUGAGCCAGCAAGUACAUGUACUGAUGGACCUACAGUUGCACUGGGAGUGUUGCUAGCAGGCUCUGUUGUUGGGAAUAUUGUGUUCAUAACUUUACUGAUACUCAUAGUUGGAAGAAGACGUACACAAGCAAGAAGUGAGCUCAGUGAUCAUGAGACUUACAGGAAAGAACAAAUCCAGUUUACAAAGCACCAGACCAGGUGGCCUUUAUGAAGAUGUGAGCAAGCUGGGCAUGGGUGGCCCCCCCACAGCUAUUGAGCUGAGAGAGUGUCCAGCGUACGCACCCACUGUGUCAGGGGGUGGGCAGAGGAGAGAGGAAGAUUGUAUCUAUGACAAUUAACACAACGAGUACUCAUGUUUGUAGUGUGCCUUUGUAUUUAAUAGCUGCCAAUGUUGCAUUCAGUGGGCGUAGCUCCUCUAGAGUGUGGGGGUGUUUCUUUUUGCAUGUACUGUGUAAUGUACUGUGGGCAGAGGAGAGAGGAACAUUGUAUCUAUGAUAACUAACACAACUAUAUAUUUUGAGUACUUACGUUUAUACCUU